AUGUUAGCUGCUUCUGUUGGAGAUGGCACAACUAUGACGAAAAUCGAUUUUUCGAAGUGUGUCUAUUGGAUCCAGGCGCCGGUAGGAACGCGGGUUGAAGUUCGUAUAGAGAGCCUACAGGGUUAUUCAGUGGAUGGAUGUAUUUAUGGAGGAGUGGAAAUCAAAGCUCAUGCCGACCAACUACGAACAGGAUAUAGGUUUUGCUCCAGAGCGAGCGUUGGAAAGACGUUGGUUGCUUCGUCGAAUCUGUUGCCGAUCAUAACAUUCAAUCGCUUUGGCAGAUCGACUAUUGGGUUGGCUUACCGCUACGUUGCAACGUUCUCGCCUUCUUCGGAUAUUGCCAGAGUAACAGCGUUCGUCAGCGGUGUCGACGUGCUUGUUCCGAUUGCUAAUCGUGAUUUGUGA